AUGAGUGCUACGCCGUAUCGGAACGGCCAGAAACGGUCACCAACGACCCCAUUGACCCCGAUGGUUCGGCAGAAUGUUCGUCGCAAGGUUGAGAUGUUUGAGGAGUCCAAGGAUGGUAUGGAAUUAGAUCUCCAUAACAAAAAUAACCAAAUAGUGGAGGCAAAGGAACCUUUGCGAACCAAGACUUCUCCGCGCGAGCAAAACGCCAACACUGUUAACGGUGAAACCGAUAAACAAAAAUUAGGGCCUUCGUCAUCUCCAAAUCAAUCAUCUCUCGCAUUACUACCAAUAUAUCGCCGUGCAUGGCUCAACGAACGCAAAUACAUCCGCCAGAAAGAGCUGGUGGAAUUCCUCGAACUAGAACGCGCUGCUUCAGAGCACCACUAA